UUUUCGACCUUAAUACGGACGGGUUCGGAUUUAUGGAACGGCAAUUGUAUCGUGCAUUCAGCUAUCCGAAAUUACUACAGUUCGAAAGUAAAUGCUGCAAUCGAGCACACAGCUGACGAAGAGUAGAGAAAAAUUCAACCGUCCAAUAUUUGAAAAACUAUGCUUCGCCAGUCAAAACGGCGCUGCUGCACUUUCCGUGAGGCCCGGAAGGCCGAAACUCACUUCGGUUCGGACUUUGCUCUAGAACACACGCAGCGUGAAUACGUACGUCCCUGAUGGUCGUGAACAGCCAGUCAGUGAUCAACGGCGCGCAACACCGGGCUGCAAUUCGAGUGGAAACUGACGAAGCAGUCAGCUGACAAGCAUCCAGCAGAAAUACCCAAAUGGUGCGGGAUUCAGAAUUGAAAACAACAUAUUGAAAGGUGACGAGGUCCACUUUAACGUUAAUUACAACAAUGUUGGGAGGCUUGUACUGGAUAAAUUGGAAAGUAAUCCAGAUGCGCCGAGUCAGAUUGAUACCGCCACCGGUAAAGUAUACGCAUGUAAAGAGGUCAGAGAACGAAGCGUUAGGUGCGCUCUGUGGAUGAGGUCACAGGGCUUGCUUCCACGGGACGUCGUCGCGAUCUGUAGCGAACAUCAUUUGGACGCUGCGUUGCCCUACUUUGCGUCAUUGUACCUCGGAGCUACCUUUAGUCUUUCGAGUACUUCGCUGGAAAUAGCGGACUUUCACCACCGGUUUACCAUCCUCGGACCGAAAAUGAUAUUUGUCAGUGAGAAUGCAGUCGCAGCUGUUACCGCGGCCGUUAAAGCAGCAAAAAUUGAUCCAAAAAUAAUUGUUUUUGGCCAAUCUUCUGGUUUCCUCGACUUCGAGAGCGCAAUUGCAGAACCAAGUGCCGACCAAGUCAGAAAUUUUGAGUGUACCCCGAUCGAGUCCUCGAGAGAAACUGCUUCGAUAAUGUUUUCCGCCGGUACAACUGGUUUGUCAAAAGCUGCCGAGAUAAGCCACGCAUCUCUCCUGAUGCAAGCGUGCGCAACAUCAGAACAGUUCGGUAUGGCCGGGAAAAUUUGCCUGCACUUUGGAAUAUUUGAUUGGAUCACUGCGAUGCACUUUACAUUCAUGAGUCUAUGCUUGGGAAUUCCUAGACUGAUAGUAAAGGCCUUCGAAGAGCAGUCAGCAUGCGCCUUGAUGGAAAAGUACAAAGUAAACUGGGUUUUCAUGUCUCCGAGUAUGAUCAACAAAUUAGUGAAAUCCAACGCGUUGGAAACACACGAUCUUUCAUCCCUGAAUCGAUUCAUGUAUGCCGGGGCACCGUUAUCCGCAACGUCCUACGAAGCCCUAGUCAAGCACUUGCCUAAGGCCCAGAUCACCGGAGCUUACGGAAUGACGGAGCUCGGUGGUUACUUGGCAAUUCAGCCGACUAACUCAAGGCCUGACCAGGGCUCAUGCGGGAAAAUUCUUGAGAAUGCCCAGGUGAAGGUGAUCGAUCCGGAUUCAGGGCGCAUAUUAGGGACCGGAGAAAAGGGUGAAUUGUUGCUGAGGACUGCCUUCAUGAUAAAUUCUUAUUACAAAAAUCCUGAAGCUACAGCUAAGAUCAUUGACAAGGAAGGAUGGAUCCACUCCGGGGAUCUCGGUUACUACGACGAAAAUGGGAAUAUUUUUGUCAUCGACAGAAUGAAGGAGUUGAUCAAGUAUCAUGAUCAUCACAUAUAUCCAUCCGAAAUCGAGAGCUUACUGCUUACUCAUCCCAGAGUCAAGGAAGUCGCCGUCGUCGGCCAGCCUCGUCCUGGUGCCGACGAUCGUCUUAUGGCUUUUGUGGUCACGACAGUGAACUCCUACAAUAUCAGCGACGAGGUCAUUAAAGCGGAAUUAGUUGACCUCGUGGCCGCCGAACUUUCAGAUUACAAACAACUUCGUGGAGGUGUCUCGUUCCUUGAACACAUGCCGAAAUCGCCGGCUGGGAAGAUCCGACGUGAAAAACUGCGACAAUUGGCAAGAUAUAUGCUAAGAGCUGAAGCCGCGGCUUGAAAUGUGACCGCAGCUGUCGAAAAUUGACUGAUUAUAACCAUCUGAACUCACUUAAAGCUAGUGUAUUACGUACCAAGGGCGGGAAAUGACCCCUCGCUUUUGGUAUACACCAUUUUUGUGUAACACAUGAACAGAUUUUGCCUUUUUUCCCUUAUUGAAAGUCCGUGAUCAAUUCGCAUUGCUCAAUGAAGUGAUAUAUGUAUUUUUUAAUACACUUGUCUGAAUAGUGGGGCUUUGCGUAUAAACAAUUCACCGAAACG